AUGCCCCCUAAGCCUCAGCAUGACGUCACCGGCGUAGACUCCAAUAACGCCAUUAUGAUAGACUACGCCAAGUGUAUCGGGUGCAACAUGUGCAUCAAGGCCUGUGAUGUUCAAGGGAUAGGCGUCUAUAAGCAGAACGAGAAGCCGAAGUACCCUCCGAUAGUCAAGCUCUCUACCCUCUUCAACAGCGACUGCAUUGGCUGUGGGCAGUGUGCAACCAUAUGCCCUGUUGACGCAAUUGCUCCCAAGAACAACCUGGAGAUCUAUAAGGGCGAGUCUGCGUCGAAAAAGGUCAGGGUGGCUCUCAUUGCCCCUUCGACGCGCGUUGCGUUUGGAGACGUCUUUGGCCUGCCAAUAGGUACAAACACAAUAUACUCGCUGAUACGCAUGCUCAAGCAGUACUUAGGCUUCGACUACGUUUUUGACGUGAAUUUCGGGGCUGAUGAAACAACGGUCAUUGACACCCAGGAGCUUCUUCACUUCAAACAUGAGGGGCGUGGACCCGUGUUCACGAGCUGCUGCCCGGCAUGGGUCAAUCUUUGCGAGAUGAAAUAUCCAGAGCUGCUUCCGCAGGUGUCGACUGCGAAGAGCUGCGUUGCAAUGGUUGCCACGUUGGUCAAGAGACGCUGGGUCCAGGAGCAUCUCAUUCCCAAGGGUAUCGUUGAUAGUGUUGACGACGUCUAUGUCGCCGACAUCAUGCCUUGCACUGCAAAGAAGGAUGAAUCAAUGCGCCCCCAGCUCAAUCGAGACGUUGACAUAUGUUUGACGGUGCGCGAAGUGGCGGAACAUCUGUAUUUCCUUCAUGGUGCUCGUCUCACUCUAGAGGAGGUCGAAGCAGAUGCACUCGUCCUAAGACCUGGCCGCUCCACUCAGAAGAAGUGGGACUUUGAUGCGCCGUUCAAUACCGUCAGUGGCGGGUCGCAUAUAUUUGGAAAGACCGGCGGUGUUGCCGAGACUUGCCUGCGCUUUAUAUCUUAUAUGAAGAAGUCUCCAAUAGAAAACGUCAAGGAAGAGCUACUAAAGGAGUUCAAGACUCCGGGCCAAUUGGUGCAAACAGUGAAACUGGUAAGCUGCGAAAUAGCUGGAGAAACAUACCGUGCACUUAUCGCUCAUGGCGGAUCUGCUAUCAACGCAGCAGCAAGGAUGGUGCUCAACAAGGAGGUCGAAUGCGACGUUGUCGAGCAGAUGGCCUGCCCUGGCGGGUGCCAGAAUGGUGGAGGGAUGCCAAAGAUUAAAGGAAAGAAAGAAGCGGUCUUGACGCGUGCGUCUACGCUUGAUAUACUUGAUGGUAAGGAGCGCUUUGCAUCAGCAGGAGAAAAUAAGACCCUCUGGGGCUUUAACGGAUGUCUUACAGAGCAUGAGGCUCACGAACUUCUUCAUACGCACUACCAGCACCGCCCUGUAGAAUCGUUACUUCCUCAGUGA